UAUCAUAGCGUGCGCGCGGGACAGUCGGCGUCGCUGGGCCUGGGUCGCUUCCCGCCGGGACUGCGGCAGGGCAUGGUGCUGCUAGCGCGGCCGGGGGGCUACGCCGCGGGACACGAGCGGCCCACCUUCGGAGGCUGUCCGCCCGGGACUUGCAGAGGACGACAGAUAUCAGAACUAGUCCACUCGUCGCAAGCUUCGGAGAAGAAUCGAAAGAACGCGAGGAGACAGAACAAGAAUAUCCUCCAGGACAUCGCCAACGUGAAGAACAGCCUCACGAAGACAUCGGACACGAAGUGCACGAACGUGUACGUGUCGGACGACGGGAGCAAGUACAGCGACGCGCACGUGUCGAGCGACACGCAGGACAAGUGCGUGUGUGACGACCUGGUGUUCCUCGAAGACCCAAACGACCCUAGACGCUGUAUAUACUUUCAGGCAUCCGUGCAUGUCCUGAGACACUCCACGGCCAUCUACCCAGGGUUCCAGUGCUCUGUGCAUGUCGGGAACGUGCGUCAGACGGCCAUUAACGAGGGUAUAAUGUCUCCGAACAACGUGCUGAGGGCGGGCGAGGGGGCCUCCGUGCUGUUCAGGUUCGCCCGCUGUCCGGAGUACCUCGUGCGAGGCCGCCGGCUGCUGUUCACGGUGGGGCUGGGGACCAGAGCCAUCGGCCGGGUCACGCAAACCUUCCCGUACAUACCAUGAAUUCUAUAGAACACGGCUCCAAUGUAAAAUUCGAGAUCUCUCUAGAAUAUUCUAGAUAAAUUAAAUAUAUUAAUUGUAUCUGUAACCAGUUUUCUUGUCGUGUUCACUUCAUGAUU